AUGACCCCCGUGAAGACUCAGCACUCCUUGUCGGGUCAGCCGUAUGCAGUGCCCCUGAUCCAGCCAGACCUGCGAAGAGAGGAGGCAAUCCAGCAAGUGGCAGAUGCCCUGCAACACUUACAGAACAUCUCUGGAGACAUCUUCAGCAGGAUCUCCCAGCGAGUAGAACUGAGUCGCCGCCAACUGCAGACCAUUAGGGAGAGGGUCUCCCUGGCCCAGGCUAAGAUAGAGAAGAUCAAGGGCAGCAAGAAGGCCAUCAAGGUUUUCUCUAGUGCCAAGUACCCAGCGCCAGAGCGCCUGCAGGAAUACGACUCCAUCUUUACCGGUGCCCUUGACCCUGAUCUGCAGAGAAGACCCCGUUACAGGAUCCAGAGCAAGCACCGCCCACUGGAUGAGCGGGCCCUGCAGGAGAAGCUGAAAUACUUUCCUGUGUGUGUGAACACCAAGUCGGAGCCUGAGGAUGAAGCUGAGGAGGAACUUGGGGGUCUUCCCAGCAACAUCAGUUCUAUCAGCUCUCUGCUGCUUUUCAACACCACAGAAAACCUGUAUAAGAAGUAUGUUUUCCUGGACCCUCUGGCUGGUGCAGUAACAAAAACACACAUGAUGCUGGGCACAGAAGAGGAGAAGUUGUUUGAUGCCCCUCUGUCUAUCAGCAAGAGAAAGCAGCUGGAGCAGCAGGCUCCGGAAAACUACUUCUAUGUGCCAGACCUGGGCCAAGUUCCUGAGAUCGUUGUGCCAUCCUACCUACCCGACUUGCCUGGCAUCGCAGAUGACCUCAUGUACAGUGCGGACUUGGGCCUUGGCAUUGCCCCCUCUGCUCCUGGUGCCAUUCCAGAACUGCCCACCUUCCACAUGGAGGUAGCUGAACCUUUCCAGCCAGAACUGGAGAAUGGGGUGCUGUUGGCAGCACCGCCACCACCGCCACCGCCACCACCACCUCCCCCAGCUCCCUCAGUGGUGGUCAGUACCCCCCAGCCGCCAGCGUUCCCUGAAGUGGCAACUGCACCUGGCCAGGUUGCCAGGGAAGAAGACACUAGCAGCAGCGUGGGCCACUCAGCCUCUGUUCAAGGAGCCCCUAAGGAGGUGGUUGAUCCCUCCAGUGGCCGGGCCACUCUGCUUGAGUCUAUCCGCCAAGCUGGGGGCAUUGGCAAGGCCAAGCUACGCAGUGUCAAGGAACGCAAACUGGAGAAGAAGAAACAGAAGGAGCAGGAGCAAGUGAGAGCCACGAGUCAAGGCGGGGACUUGAUGUCAGACCUCUUUAAGAAGCUCAUCAUGAGGCGCAAAGGUAUUUCUGGAAAAGGACCUGGCACCGGAACCAGUGAGGGGCCUGGGGGAGCCUUCACCCGGAUGUCAGACUCCAUCCCACCGAUGCCACCCCCCCAGCAGCCCGCAGGAGACGAGGAUGAUGAUGAGUGCUUUGAGCCUUCUUGCACAUUCAGCAGGAACAGCCAGGAGGGACUCCUUGGCCAGCUGGGGCUUCUCAGGUCUUGUUGCCAGAGGAGGUCCAGGGGGAUUAUGCAAGUGUUCUGGGUUGGUGCCCGAUUUCUCUUCAUGGAGUGGGGGCUCUGUGAGCCGUCUGCUGCUUCCCUGCUUUGCUUGAUCCUCCACUGA